AUGGCCAGAGACUCGCGCGACUCGCUGCACCAGCUGCACCUCACCGCCUCGCACUCGCACUCGCUGACCACCUUCGACGACCUCACCGCCCCGCCUGCCCCGGCGGCUGCGGGCGAGCCCAAGGGCAUCGAGCUGGUCCAGGGCGGCCUGAGCGGUCUGUACAGCCGCAUCAGAGCCUCGGUCGGCGGGGCCAAAGACGACGACAGCCUCUCCUCCUCGGGCUCCAGGCACCGCGCCAGCUCGAGGCCCAGCAUCCUUGGCCGCAGUCCGGGAGGCACCGCCGUCUCGUCCCCCGUCGUCGUCUCUGUGCCCUCGUCCAGACUGCACUCGCCCUCGACCGCAGCCUUCCCCGACCUGCCACCCCCGCCCUCGCGCGACUCGACCGUCUCCAACGCCACCAUCACAAGCAGACUCUCGCUGAACGGCUCCAAGUCCUCACUGCAGCCCAUUCGCUCUCGACCCUCCCCAGCCCCAAACACCGAACCCAGCAGGCCGCUGCGAGAGGACGACUCUUUUGCGCACAGCCCAGUCAGUACCCACUCGCGCGUACAGAGCGCCUCCUCGGCCUUCGACCUCCCCAAGAAUGGUUCUGUCAAAGACUUUGCGCCCGGCGCCGCGAGCUCACGCUCACCACGCUUUGCGCCCGUCCGCGAUGAAGGACUGCGCCGCAAACGAAGCCACAUGGAACAGGAAGCGCAAGACAGCGACGACACCGAAGACGGCAUUGUCGUCGUGCACGGCGACAAGCCUAUAGAUACCAGUGGCUUCACCUUCCCCCCGGACGCCGCUCGCGACAGCCCGCGUUUUCCACCAGAUGGCCAAUAUCAGUCGAGUCGCCCAACAGGCAGCAAAGCCAACGAUCCAUCUGACAACGGCUCUGAAGACACAGAGAAGCCAUACAUCACUGUCAACACCCGCAACCCUAUGAUUGCACCGGAGCCACAGCGUCCGCCGUUGCUCAAAGUGGGCCCUUCACAUCUACCAGGCUUCCAAACCUCGAGGACAUCCUCUUCUGAUGGCAUCAGCUCCGUCAUUACAACCUCGACUAUGCGUGCCCCUACAGUGCCUCCCAUCAAAGAAAUUCAGCGGCAGGCCCACGCCAACCCUGCGGUCAGCACGCUACCCCGCAGUGCCUUCACACAAAUGCGUAGGAAGAUACUGGACAGGGAGUUCUGGAUGAGAGACGAGAACGCAAAAGAUUGCUUCAACUGUGGAGACGCAUUCACAACAUUCCGCAGAAAGCACCACUGCCGUACCUGUGGACAGAUCUUCGACUCCAAGUGCACCUCUAUAGUUUCAGGCAAGCUCUUUGGACAGCCGGGCAACCUCCGCGUCUGCAAGCCUUGUGAAAACAUCAUUUAUGGCCACGACGAUGACUCCUCCGACUACACCGAUGAAGGAGAACAAGCAUCCAUUUACGAUCACAGUAAUCAAGCUGACGAUUUCGACGACGACGAUAUUCACCAUCCGCAACAUGACCACACCAAAAUUGGCACGCCGACAAUCAGUAUACCCAUGUCUCGAAAGACUGGCAGCGAGAAGAAGCGCCGCUCACAUGUCAUCGAAGUGGGUGCUCAGACACUCGCUCGGCCGAGUUCGUCACGCUCGUUGCGGUCACUCGGUGGGAGACCACGCUCUUCAAGUCACAAACGCCACCACUCCAAACACCAACACAUGCGUCACACCAAACACGACGACCGUGCACCAUUCCAUCAGUACCUUCACGAAAACCCUCGCACCCAGCCGAAUUUGCCUGCUUUCCACCAUGACAACAUCAUUGAUCCUGACCUUGCACCCUUCAUGUCAGACGAUGGUUCUAGCGAGGAAGAGCAUCCAAGCCUUUUUGCGGCUCUGAAUGCAGAAAAUCCCACAGGCACGGGUCUCGAGGGCGACAAAGGUGGAUUCGGCGGGUUUCUGGCGGCAGUGAGGAAGGGAAAGUCGCGCGCAGGAGAGAAAAAUGGACCUGCUCGAGAUAGCGACAAUAUCAGCAUUGCAAGCAGACAUGGUGCACGGCCAGUGAGACGACGGAACUUGAGUGUCAGCAGCAUAUCGCAUCGACCCUCACCACGCCGCGCCAAGAGCAACACCUUGCUAAGGCCCUUCACAGCAGGGUUUGGUGCAGGCGGCUUAGCGUCGCAGUCCGGCACCCCACAACUUCGACCAUCUCCCUCUCCAACACCGUCGGGCACGAAGGUUACAAGGAGUGCUUCGAUGCAAGGUGGAAUCUUCCCCAAAGUCGAGUUGAACAAGGCCAGCCUGGACCAUGCUCGCAAACUUCUUACGCAAAUGCUGCGUGACGCGGGUGUUGCGCAUGUGUCGAGCUGGGAGAAAGCACUCAUUCCUAUUCUGCGGCAAUGCACAGACGACGUCAAUCCAGAUGUGGACAGAGGCGAUGACAUAGAUGUUCGGAACUACAUCAAGCUGAAGAAAAUUCCAGGUGGGAGGCCGCGCGACACAGCGUACGUAUCAGGCGUGGUAUUUACCAAGAACGUCGCUCUUCGGAGUAUGCCACGCAACAUAAUCAACCCAAGAAUCAUCAUUAUCACAUUCGCGAUCGAAUAUGCACGACACCAGACACAUUUCAUGAGUUUGGAGCCUGUCAUUGCCCAGGAGCGAGAGUAUCUCCGAAAUCUAGUCAGCCGCAUUGCCGCUCUACGACCACAUGUUCUACUGGUUCAGCGCAACGUUUCCGGCCUCGCCCUGGAGUUCCUUGAUCAAGAGGGCAUUGCUGUGGUUUACAACGUCAAACCUACGGUAUUGAACGCCGUUGCGAGAUGUACACAGUCACGAAUGAUAUCCUCCGUCGAUAAGCUUGCCAUAGAUCCGUCCCACCUAGGACAUUGCGGCAGUUUUGAUGUCCGAACUUAUGUGCACAAGAACACGAAAAAGACAUACAUUUACCUCUCUGGAUGCCAAAAGGAUCUCGGGUGCACUAUCAUCCUGCGAGGCGCCGAGAACCAUGACCUGGUCAAGCUGAAGCGCGUCACGGAGUUUAUGAGUUACGUGGUGUACAAUCUUCGCCUUGAGACCUGCCUCAUGCGAGAUGAGUUGGUCGACACGCCAACAGAAUCGGUCGUUGAUCCUCAUGCCUUUGGCGACGGCGAGCAUACGCAAAACAUCAACGAAGCAAUAGCCAGCGCAGCUGGGAUUGAAGUAAACUCCGACGAUAACCAAUCAGCUGGAGAUGCAGCGCCAUCCUAUUAUAGUGAUCUAGUGGAGAACCACCGCACAAAGGUGCUUUCUUCAUCGCCGUUCGUCAAGUUUAUGCAGCCAUAUCUCCUGGAACAAGCUCGCCAGUACGAGAGGAAGCUCGGUCACCUCAGAAAGCUGAAAAACCAAUACACCACAGACUCAGACGAAGAGGAAGAAAAGUCCCACCAGAAGUUCGAACUCGUACAGCCAGAAAUGGUGCACGUUGUGGUCGAGCGAGCUUCGAAGCAGGUCCGUGAGUUUCUGUCUGCUGUGCAUGCAUCCGAAUAUGACAAAGCCCUUCACAAUUACGAGACACAGAAGCGACAAUGGGAGGCGUAUCUGUCCGGAAACACAGAUCUAUAUGAUCCAUUCAAUCAUCAGAAGAUCGCAGUCUUAUACAGCGUGGUCAACACUACCACCUCGACGCCUUGCAUUGGUCCCGAAAUCAUCGCCCUUGGAUUCUACCAGGAACACGACUACGACGACGGCUUCACACCUGACUGUACACUUGGUCAGUACGUUGAGGAUCUCUGCACGUCAGCGGGCGUUGUCUGCGAAGUCGACGGAUGCAACCGACGAAUGGUAGAUCACUCACGCCAGUAUGUGCACGGAGAAGGACAAAUGACAGUCGUCGUUCAGAAGCAUUCUCCAAAGCUGAAGGGGCUAUAUCAAGCGAUCUUGAUGUGGAGCGUCUGCAGAAAAUGCGGGAAAGAAACGCAGCCGAUUCCCAUGUCCGAGUGGACUUGGAAGUACUCCUUCGCAAAAUAUCUCGAGUUGACUUUCUGGAGCACGCAACUACAUCCUCGCACGAACGGUUGCCCUCACGAUAUACACAAAGACCACGUGCGCUAUUUCGGCCACAACAACGUUGCACUUCGCAUCCAAUACGACGCCGUGCCAAUGUACGAGGUGAUAGUCCCGAGGCCAAACGUUACCUGGAAGGUGGAUAGUGAUUUGAGGCUGAAGAACGAGCAAUUCUUAAGGAUCGAAGAACGACUAGACUGCUUUAUGGCUUCGGUACGCGCCCGCAUCAGGAGUAUUCAUGUAGAGAGCGUCAUUCCCGAGAAGGUUGAAGCGUGCAAAGCAGAAGUUGAGCAUUUGAUCAUGCGCGCAAACGACGAACACGAAUACCUGAGACAUAAACUCCAAGACAAGUACAUGAACUCAAAGUAUUACGAAAUUAUCCCGCUCAACCGCGCCAUUCGCGCCAUCCAGGAGAAGGCUAUCGCAUGGGACGAGACCUUCAUGGACUUUGAGCAAGUGUUCUUCCCCUCCGAGAAGGAUAUUCGAAGGCUGGCCACUUUACAACUGAAGAAACUGUUCCUUGAGCGGGACGAAUCUAGCACAUCGUUGACCUCUGUUGACGAAGGCGUAGAGUCUGGUGAAGACGAACCUGCAUAUGACGAUAAGGAUGAUUCGUUGGCGCUGACACCAAUGCCGUCGAAUAUGUCCCCUGAGAAGGCUACGGAUAUGUUGACCUCCGUUGUGAAGGAGGAUGGAGACUUACCAGCCGACGCGGAUGCCACUCCUCUGGCAGAACGGCCGUCGACACCCAUCAAAUCGAUUUCUGACUUGCCUAUCCAAACACCACGCGAAGCGGUGGAGCGAGAAGAUGUGCGUCACCUGGACCUUGCAAUCUCAUCAGACUUUCCAGGUGUUUCAGUCAAGGACGACCCGCCCCCUCAAACGCCGACCUUGUCCCCUGAUGGAGGUCAUUUUGAGCCAGGUUCACCUACACCAACGAGCCAUCCAAAAAUCAACCCAAUUGACAAGUCCUUGGCGGAUGCCAUCGAAAACAUGCAGGCUUCACCUUCGCCAUCACCAGCGCCGCACAUGACACUAGAGAGCAAAAUCCCACGCUUAGUGGACACCAUACGGCGGGAAACGCCGGCAAGGCCUGCUGUACUGGCUCGAACUCAGUCGCAACCUGGCAAUAUCCCGAAACACCCAUCAAUACUUCCACCUACAGUACCACAAAAGCCAGAUGUUUUCCGACCAACGUUCAAUGAUUCACAGAAAGCUUUGGAGCGCAUGACUGAGCGACUGCGUCUUGGCAUCUCAAAACAGUCCAGGUCCACGUCGAGAAUACCACGCUCUGUGCCGUUCAAGACUCAGUCGUCCAAAGUGUCUAAAUUGGCCGAACACUUCGAGCAACUAUCGCGCGAGUUUCAAAAGGAACGCACACGUGAACGCUGGCGUGCAAGGGAUCGACAAGUCCGCGCUUAUCCUCUUGCGUCAUCUAAGCCAAUCGUCGAGGUCUACAAGGAUGUUCACGAAGCGGUGCAAGAAAACAACGCUUCCGACGAAGAUGUGCAAAUUGAAUCACCGCACCGCACAAGCGUUGACAAUAGCACGCUUGACGAUAGUACCGUCACAGAAACGACAGGCGCUAUUACUGCCCCACAAUCGCCGGUUGAUGAGCGGCAUGGCAGGGAAUUGGCCGGCCAUCAUACUGAUGGCGAAGAAUCUCCCAAAGCCGACAGCCACCCUUCUUCUGACGCGGAGAACGAUGUUAGUGAUGUGGAGAUCGCUCCUGAGGAUGUCCCACUUCCGGAUAGCAUUUCGAGUUCUCAGCUUCUCAACAUGAGCGAUUCGCAGCUGGAAAGCUCCUUAGAGCUUCCAAAGCACGAGAAGACCACACUACUGAAGAUGCUUACCAACUUCUGGUCGGAGCGUUCUGCAAGUGGAUGGGCACCGCUCGAUUAUCCUUUUGCACAGAUCGAACACGUUUGGGAAGACUCCGACAUCAUCGUUCGCGAGGACGAGCCUAGUUCCAUUAUUGCUUUAGCUCUGUCUAGCCCUGACUACCUGGCCAAGCUACAGUCUUUCCGUGGUGACCCAUCUGGUCUGGACAUGGAGUCCAUGGAAGGGUCAAUCGAGCGCAACUUGCUGCAUGAUAAGAAUACCAACAUCCGCUAUGGGUUCACCAAUCGUGGUGUCAAAGCACAGUGCAAGAUCUUCUACGCGCAAUCUUUCGAUGCUCUUCGCCGAAAAUGCGGUGUCGCGGACCGUUUUGUGGAGUCCCUCUCACGAUGUUCGAAAUAUGAGUCGAAAGGCGGCAAGUCUAAAUCCAUCUUUCUCAAAACCCUCGACGAUCGGUUCAUCCUGAAAUCACUCUCUCCCAUCGAAGUGCAAGCCUUUUUCCGCUUCGCCCCCAACUACUUUGCUUUCACGCACCAGAACCUUUUCCGCCAGCUUCCAUCAGUCAUUGCCAAAAUGUUUGGCCUCUUCCAAGUCCAAAUCAAAACACCAACGGGCCGUGACUUCGACUGGUUUAUGCUAGUCAUGGAAAAUCUGUUCUACGACCGCGAACCGAACCGACGCUACGAUCUUAAAGGUAGCAUGCGCAAUCGCAAGAUCCAGUCUACGGGCGAGCGCGACGAAGUCCUCCUUGACGAGAACCUCGUCGACAUCAUCUACUCUGAGACACCCAUAUUCGUACGCGAACAUACCAAGAAACUGCUUAAAGCAAGUGUCUGGAAUGACACGCUCUUCCUCUCUCAGAAUAAUGUUAUGGACUACUCGCUCAUGGCGGGCUUUGACGACACAGGGCGAGAAAUCAUUGUUGGUAUCAUCGAUUGCAUCCGCACAUACACUUGGGAUAAGAAACUUGAGUCGUGGAUCAAGGACCGUGGGAAGAACAAGCCGACCAUCACGAGUCCAAAGGAUUAUCGUAACCGUUUCAGGAUCGCUAUGGAGAAGUAUAUCCUUCAGGCUCCCAACUGCUGGCACCAAUUUUCAGGCAGAAUGGCAGCAGGCGGGGAUCGGAGGAGGUUGGUUCUCGAAGGCACGAGUAUGGGUACGAGUGUGGAGGGGCAUAGAAGGAAUGUCAGCAGUGGAAGUACUAUAGGUGGGGGACAUAGCAGAGGAGGAAGCCUGACCCAGCGGGGCAUGAUGGAAAGUUUGGAAAACAUGGGAGAUGAAGUCUCGAGGGCGGAGGCAGGGAAGAUCAAGUAG